CCGCGCUAGUAGUGGCUUGCUCCUCGCUGGCAUGACGUAGUCUGUCGCCUCUGCCAGUGAUUCCCAAACACGUCCCAAAAUACAACGCAUUUGAACCCGCGUUCAGUGUGUAACUAGUGCUCGCUUGAGGUUAAUGUAAACAUCAAAAUGAUAAAACUUGUGGCUUUGCAUGUCAUUACGUUGAUGUUAUCGUCAGUGCCUCGCGUACCUAUUUGUUAUUGAACAGUGCAGUUGAUUCGUAUGAUUCAGUGGUUGGUUGCUUUUGUUGUGAUCUUAGUGCGGAUGCUGUCUUUAUAGAUAUCAAUCUCGAGAUGGCUACGUUACCGAGAAUGCAUAGUUCUAAACACGGCGGCAAUAUUAUAUCAUCGCCUUUUAGCACCAGUCCACGAAAGCUACAGGAAAUGCUGCCGACGGGCGACGGACAUGAUGUGACGGCCGCGAGCGGCGUCAGCAUGAAGCAGUACGAGGACCAGCUGAACGGGCUGCGCAAGGAGAACUUCCAUCUGAAGCUGCGGGUGUACUUCCUGGAGGAGAAGCUGGGGACGGGCGCGCCGCCCGCUGUGCAGGGUCUGCUGGAGCACAACGUGCGGCUGCAGGUGGAGGUGGAGGAGCUGCGGCGCCAGCUGGCCGCCAAGCAGGAGCUGCUGGCCGCCGCCGCCGAGGCCAUCGACGUGCUCGAGCAGCAGGGUUCAAUAUCUGCUGACAGUAUUGAAGCUUCAUUGGAAAACUGCACAGUAUCAAAGAAAGACCACGUGGCUAAGGAAGAGACUUAUUUGUUAAAAAGUGAACAAACAUGUGAAGAUACUUGCCUGGAAUCGGAGUCGGCCGGGGAAAUGCUUGGAAAAACUGUGACUGUAAAAAAUUAUGAUGAACUGCCAAGACUGCGACGGGAAAAUAGAAAAGCUCUGCAAAUGAUAAAAGGAUGCAUGAAGAAAAUUCAACAGCAAGACAAGGAAAUCAAGAAACUGAAACUGGAUAAAGAAUUAGUCUACGCACACGUCAGCGACUCCCAGCUUGAAAAAUAUGAAGAAAUUGUAAAAUGCAAGGACCAGCACAUCAAGGAUUUGGAAACAAAGAUUAAAGAGUUACAAACAAAUGCAGAGAAUAUUCAUGACGACGAGUCAGGGAAUCUCCAAGAGCUACUUACUCGUAGACUGCAGGGGCUGGCGUUUUUCUUAGACAAGUUACUGUCGCACAAGUGUGUCCUCGGUGAAGACAAGAAAAGACUAGCAGAGAGUAUACUCGAACAAAGUCUAGCUCUACCUGUGGGUCUGAAACUGGACGAGUCAAUGGCGCCGGACGACUUCACGAUGGACGAGAGCAACAUAGACAUCUCGCAGUCGCUGAGGAUCGAGGACCUGACGGCCAUGUUCGGACACCACCUGAACUGCAGCGAGGACGGCGGGCGGGGGCGGGGGCGUCGGGGCGCGCGCGGGGCGGGGGCGGGGGAGCUGUCGGAGUCGGAGUGCUGGUCGGAGCCGGACCGGCAGGUGUCGCUGGCGCGCAUGGGGCUGCUGGAGGCGGAGCGCGAGCCGGACGCCGCGCGCCCCCGCCGCCGCGCGCGCCUGUCGCACGACGACGACGCGCUCUCCGCACACAUACAGCAGCUGCAGGCCGAGAAGAAGGACCUCGACAGCCAACUAGACUACGCCAAACAACAGAUCGGCGAACUUAUGGCCGAGAAGAACGUCCUCAACGAGACGUUGGCCGCAGAACGCGCCAACCUAGUCAACGCCAUAAAAUCUACGCUCGCCUUCGAGACGAAAUGGAAGGAGGCGGAGGAGCGGGCGGCGCGCGCGGCGGAGGGGGAGGAGCGCGCGCGCGGGGAGCGGCGGGAGCUGGAGGCGGCGCACGCGGAGGCGGAGCGGGCGCUGCGGCGCGCGGCGGACGAGGCGGCCGUGCAGGCGUCGCAGGCCGCGCUGGAGCGGGCGCGCGCGCAGACCGAGCGCCUGCGGGCCGAGCGCGAGCGGGACCACGCGCGCCAGCAGCUGGGCGCGGAGCGGGAGGCGGCGGCGGAGCGCGAGGCGGCGGUGGCGGCGGAGCGGGAGGCGGCCGCCGCGAGGCAGCAGGCGGACCAAGCGCCGCCCUCCGACGACGAGCGGCCCACCUCGCCCGACCAGGGCAUCGACAGCGACCGCCUCUCCAGUUUAGAGCAGAAUGACGGCCUCACCUUAUCGCCGCGUUCUUUAUAUGAAGAAAACGUGACCCUGAAGCAGAAAUUAGCAAGGACCAAAGCAACUCUGGCUGAUACCCUAACUCAGCUGAAUUCAGCCAAUAUGAGGAAGAGAAGUGUACAGCGCGCUAUCUGCAGAGAAAUACAUAAAACACAGGGGGUUUUGAGAAAGGCUCGUGAUCAGUUUGAAAAUCAAAACCAGUGAUGAUGUUGAUGAUGUCAGCUUCCGCGUCCCAAUCGUACCUUUUUAUAAGACAAGAUUUAGGUGUUUUUUAAUAAUGUACUAUAUUUUUGUAAGUACCUUAGUAGUUAAGUAACUAGCUAUAUUUUUAGGAUUAUUUUAAUGGACAAACUAUUUACGCGUAAAACUAAUUUUAGCGUGACCCAUGUAACUUAAUAUUUAGUUCGCCGAAGAGGCAAUCAUGAUUUAAUUUAUAUUUUAGGUGCUGACAGUUUGUUGUGAAAAUUAAAAAUAAUGUGAUUUAUUAAUUAAAUAAUUGUUAACUUCCUA